GACAUUUACUCACUAGCACAAGCUGUCGUCAAUAAAAACAUCAAAGUUCCGUGCCGUGAAGCUCCGAGUUUGGGACAUAUUUUUAUUUGAAGUCUGACGAGAGAGGAAGCCAGCUGCUGGACAUGGCCUCCUCUGGUGAUGCAGAAGGAUCUCUGACUCCUGUGGAUUUUAUCCAGCUGCAGCAUUACAUGGAAGACAGCAGUUUGAGGGUGAAAGAUGUGAUCAAGGAGUUUCACGCAGGGGGUCGGCUGGCUCAGCACAGAUUCGGAGAGUGCAUGGAUGCAGUGGGUUUCUCUCUCUUUCUCAAGACCUACCUAGAAGUGGACGACUUCCCUGCAGAUUUCUCUCAGCGCCUUUUUUAUUAUUUUCAACAUGUGGAUCAGGAUGGGUCCAAUAAGUGCUCUCUGCCUAAGGGAGGCAGGGUCUCUCUUAGUGACGUGUCCUGUUACUUCUCGGUGCUGGAGGAAGGACAGCCACGUGAAAAACUUGAAUUUACUUUCAAACUUUAUGAUAAAGACUGCAACCAACUCCUGGACAGCUCUGAAGUGGAUCGUAUAAUCACCCAGAUGAUGCGAGCUGCUGAUUACCUGGGAUGGGAUGCGACUGAACUCAGACCACUGCUUAAAGAAAUGAUGACAGCGUUCGAUGUGGACGACAGUGGGUAUGUCACUCUGGAGGAAUGGGUGAAAGGAGGCAUGAACAAUGUGCCUUUACUUGUCCUGCUCGGACUGAAGAUGACAGAGAGGGAUGGACAGCACAUUUGGAGGAUGAAGCACUUCAACAAGCCGACCUACUGCAGCGUGUGUCAGAACAUGCUGCUCGGCCUCGGGAAGCAGGGACUCUGCUGCACCUGUUGCAAGUACACUGUCCACAGUCGAUGUGCCAACAAGAAUCCUGAACCCUGUUCUCGUACCUUUGUGAAAUCAAAAGAGGAGAUUGGUAUCGCGGCUCACGACUGGAUCAGAGCGGACUGUAACUCCAACAAGUGUCAGGUCUGCCACAAGAAGAUCAAAACUCUGGCCGGGAGGCGUUGUGUGUGGUGCCAGGAAUUGCGUCACGAUGAGUGUAUUUUCUCCGGCUUAUCGUCCUGUGAUUGUGGGCCACUAAGAAAUCAUAUACUGCCUCCGUGGGCCAUAUUCCCCAUCUCAAAGGAGGAGGACAGCAGCCUGUUGAAUGUCACCCCUGACGGCCACAUCCUGCAGGGGUUGUCGCUGAAGGCAACAAAAGGCCAAUCAUUGGUUGCCAAUUUCUCCAGGAGAGGACACAAAGAAGCCAUGAUCUUUCCAGUUUCAGACAGGCACCCUCUGCUGGUGUUUGUGAACCCAAAGAGUGGAGGAAUGCAGGGGGAACGAGUGCUCAGGAAGUUUCAGUACCUUCUGAACCCGCGUCAGGUGUACAACCUCUCCAACGGGGGUCCUGCACCAGGACUUCACUUCUUCCGCAGUCUGCAUCAGUACAGGAUCCUGGUGUGUGGAGGAGACGGCACCGUCGGCUGGCUCCUGGAUGCUAUAGACAAAGCAGACCUGCAGGUGCGUCAUCCGGUGGCUGUCCUGCCUCUGGGCACCGGGAACGACCUGGCCCGCUGUCUGCGCUGGGGAGGAGGCUACGACGGGUCAAACUUGAGAGAGAUCCUAAAGGAGGUUGAAGCUAGCGAGCAGGUUCCCAUGGACCGCUGGAGUAUCCAGGUGAUACCAGAAGACCCCCAGGACGCAGGAGACCCCGUGCCCUACGAGAUCAUUAACAACUACUUCUCUAUAGGAGUGGAUGCAUCUAUUGCACAUCGUUUCCACUCCAUGAGAGAGAAACACCCGCGGAGAUUCAACAGCAGAAUGAAGAACAAACUUUGGUAUUUGGAGUUUGCCACUUCUGAAACCAUCUCUGCCACUUGCAAGAAGCUGAAGGAGUGUCUUAUGAUUCAGUGCUGUGGGAGGUCUCUGGAUCUGAGCAGUAUGUCCCUGGAGGGCAUAGCUGUCCUCAACAUACCCAGCAUGCACGGAGGCUCCAACCUCUGGGGCGAGUCCAAGAAGUGUGACGGUGCUCCGGAGGCAGAGCACAGCGAGGUGAUCACUGACCCUGAACUUCUUAAAACAGUCUCUCAAGAUAUCAGUGAUAGGCGUAUGGAGGUGGUGGGGCUGGAAGGAGCCAUAGAGAUGGGACAGAUCUACACUAAAAUGAAGAGCGCCGGGCACAGACUGGCACAGACUUCCCAAAUCACUAUCAGGACAAUCAAAGCCCUGCCCAUGCAGAUUGAUGGGGAGCCGUGGAUGCAGCCUCCGUGUACUAUCCACAUAACUCACAAGAACCAAGCUAACAUGCUGAUGGCUGUACCAACAAAACCAAGCGGCUUCUUUCACCUCAAAUGAACCAACACUUUGUGCUCCAGUCUGCUGAGGGUCACAACAGAACAACUUUAUUAUUGUGAAUAACGCAGAAUAGGAGGUUAAAAUAUAUUUGCUUUCUGUUUCUACUAUUAAGUAUUAUUGUGUAUUGUGUCUUUUGCACGUAAUCCAUGAUAUAAUUAUGCAUAAUUAUAAGUGCAGACAGCUUGCCAGAGAGAACACUGACAAAAUCAAAGUCAGUCCACUGUUAUUGUGUGCCAAAUGUAAUGCAAUCCUUUUUUUGUGUUUGUAAAAAGAAGAACAUGGCAUGUUGUGUAUCUUGAGUGUAUAGAUAAGAAAUAUCAUUGUUUAUCAAAUGUUGUGAUAGCAUUUUUGUAUUUACAAUAGUGUAUUGGUGGUUCAUCUAUUCCUCCUAAUGGUGCAACCUGCUUCACUUUAUUCAACAACACGUUACUACCUGUCUAUUCUCAUGUCUUUCUGACUGAAAGAAAAGCAUGUUAAAGUGUUUACUGUUUCUUAGAUAGUCGAAAAAACUGAUUUAAAAAAGAGCUUGAUUGAAUGUGAAAGGACUUUUAUAAAGAUUUGCUCGACAGUUAUAACUGUCAAAGGCCAGAGGGAGUUUGAUACAUCUCUUCUAAGAUGUUCCACAUUUGGUUUAAAAAGGCAGCAUUCAAUUGUAUGUUAUACAUCAAUGUACCCUGGAUAGUAAUGUUAGUUUCAUACAUGUUGUUGUCCUGUAACUUUGCCAAAAAUAUAUUUAUCUGCAUUAAGCUUUUCACAAAAUACACAGAAACUUUCUGAGACCUAAUGAAACGAGAUAUUACCAACCUAGUAUCUAUGGAUAUUCAGUCUUGUGUUUGAUUUUCAGUGUGCUUAAAUGUAACAUGUUCAAUUGUGUGGUCAUCCUUUGCCUGUGACUUGACAAUAUUGCAUACUCUGUUUCAGUAGGAUGCUUAUAUAGCAUAACAUUGUCCUCUUAAUUAAUUACAAUCCGUCACACACCUACAAUUGUGUUUGUAAUACAGUGUAAAUCCUCUGACCUUUUAACACUUGUGAAGAUCUUUCUGUAUGUUGCAGGUGAAUAUUGAGCUAUAAAAGGUUUGGUAACAAUGAAAUGAGACACAAAAAGAUGCUUCAGUAUUUAUUAUGCAGAUAAAAACCCUCCAUUUUCAUCUAAUUCUUAAACUCUUUUAGGGGAAAAUGUCAGUUUUCCCAAAUGUUAUCUUAAUGUGCUACUAAAUGGAA